UCCCUGCACUCAUCUUCAGUGCUGGCGCUGCUUUGCAAGCGGGAGCAGAAACCCGAGGAAAACCCUCCAGGAUGCCCGGGCUGUGAGCGUGAAAACGCGGCGCUGUGAAACGGACCGAUCCGCCCGUCGCUCCCCACAGCAGCGGGCACCUCUCAGCGCGGCUUGCAUGGCUCCCGGUCGGCCGGCCGGACAAUAGACAUCCCGCCGCAGCAGCUUGCCCUCCUCCAGCCCGGGGAGCUCUCUCUCUUCCUGCCCAAGGAUCCCUGCAACUUUUCACCGUGGGUCCAGAUGGCUGGACACGAGUGGGAGGACUGGUUUGAACGGGAGGAAUUAAUCGGACAGAUCAGCGACAUCCGAGUGCAGAACCUGCAAGUUGAAAGAGAAGUUGUCCAGAAGAGGACCUUUACCCGAUGGAUGAAUCUACAUCUAGAAAAGUGUGACCCACCCAUUGAGGUCCAUGACCUUUUCCGGGACAUCCAGGAUGGACGCAUCCUCAUGGCCCUGCUGGAGGAGCUCUCAGGCUGCAAGCUGCUUCAUGGGUUCAAGAAAUCCUCCCAUCGGAUUUUCAGACUCAACAACAUCGCCAAGGUCCUGUCUUUCUUGGAGGAGAGAAAUGUAAAGCUGGUCAGUAUUGAUGCUGCCGACAUUGCUGAUGGGAACUCCUCCAUCAUCCUGGGACUCAUUUGGAAUAUCAUCCUCUUCUUCCAGAUCAAGGAGCUGACCGGAAACAUCAGGAGCCAGUUCCCCUCCUCUUCCAGCUUGUCAUCCAUCCCCACCAGUUCUGACUCGGAUGCCUCCCUCUCCAGCACACCCUCAGAGGAGAGACGGCCGUCCUCAGCCAUACGCGAACAUGGCAAGGCCAUCAAGAAACUGCUGCAGUGGGUGCAGAAACGAACACGCAAGUAUGGCGUGGCAGUGCAGGACUUUGGGAAGAGCUGGACCAGUGGUCUGGCUUUCCUGGCUGUCAUUAAGUCCAUCGACUCCAGCUUGGUAGAUAUGAGGAAGUCCUUGCUGAGGGGUGCCAGAGAGAACCUGGAGGAGGCUUUUAGGACAGCCCACUACAGCCUGGGCAUCCCACGCCUACUGGAGCCAGAGGAUGUCACUAUUAAUUCACCAGAUGAGCAGUCCAUCAUGACCUAUGUGUCACAGUUUCUGGAGCACUUCCCUGGCAUCGAGGAGCCAGAGGAGCCCUGCCAGCUAAUUGAGCGGAGUAUCUCUAUGGGCCGGCUUAGCUCCCGUGACAGUGACUUCGACCAGAUGAGGAAUGGUAUCCACCGUGGCCGUCUGAGGGGGAGACCCUACAUAGUCCGCAAGGACUGGGUACACCCCCCACCCAAAAUUUUUAUCUCGUCUAUGUCGGAGGACAGAGGGGCCAUGUCACCCACUUCCCCACCAGUUGGGGCUCGCUCCUGGGCAAGUGUAGACUCAUUGGCAGGGUCCACCCCUAUAGAUGACAAAUCCCCCAUUGUGGCAGGAGAUGCUAAGGAUCCUGGAAAACAGGUCUUUACCAUCUCAAACUCACCUACUGGCUCUUCAGUGACUGAGUCAGUGAACACUGAGUCAUUGAUUGGUGAUUCGGCAAUCAGUUCGCCAGACUCUUGGGUAGAGAGUGAGGUGGAGGCAAUGCCAGAGAGGUUUGGUCAAAGCCCAAGUGACAGUUCACUGUGUGACAGCGGGACUGCCUGGGAUGUCAGUGCACCCCCCAUCACACCUGAGGAGGUCACCACCCUUGAUGAAGAACUGAUGCCCUCCAUUGUGGAUAGACCGUCUGAUAAACAGUCGAUUCCUGAGUUGUAUGCAGAUGAAGGGAUCUACUCAUUAAGUUCACUAGAGAGCACUCACGAAAGAAUCCAAGCACAUCCUGAGAAGGAGGAGGAGGGAGGAAACAUCUUGCCCCCCAACCAGGGCUGGGCAUCUAAACAUGAACCUGGUCAGAAUGGAGCUGAUAACAAAGCAGAGAAAGACUCUGAAAAGACAGAUAUGAGCCUGCUUCAAAAAGAAGAAAGAAAAGAAGUAUCAAGUGAGUGGCAACCUUCUGUGCAGCCAUCUAAUGUGACAGAAUCGGCUAGUUCUGGGGUCAAAAUUAAUGAAAGUAACCAGUCACAACCUUUCUCCAACCCUAAACCACAAACCCCUGACCUUUUUGAAGAACUGAUCAAGCAGGACAGUGUAAAAGCGAACGCUCACAAAGACUCAGAAUGUGCAAAAGACCAUGUGGACUUAAGUGGAGAAUCACAGGAACAUGAAGGACAACUGAAUGUUGAAACAAAAUGUUUGAAUGAGGACAAAACCUCUGACAAGGAAAGAGUGGAGGUAGAGAUUUCAAAGGGAAGAGGUGAAGACGUCAUAGAAAUUUCGACAACUCAAGAUGGGACGAGUCAAGAGAUCCUUAAUGGCCAUACAGAUCCUCAAGAAAAUAACAGCACACAGAUCCAUGAUGCUAUAGCAAGCACACAUCUAACCAACCAGGACAGAGCAUCAAGUCUGGACCUAAGCAUGGAUACAAAUGUUCCUCUGACUUCCAUUUCCAAUGACCCAACUGAGGAGGACAAAGAGAGGACAUGUGCUCCACAAAAAGAAUGUCAUGCUGGGGAUUCUGGAAAUAAGAGUUUUGGCAUUGAUGUCAACAGAUCUGAAAAUCUCACUGAAAAGAGCUGUAAGUCCAGGGAGCAUGAUGACGGUAAAGCCCCUGAAAGUACCGUUUGCCACUUGGAAGGUCAAUUGUCAGAUAAGGUUAUGCCAGAAGGUUCAAAACAAAUGAGAGAAGUAGAAAAUGGGCAUUUGGCUGACAUAAACCAACAUGAUAUCAAGAGUUUGCCAACUGCCGAUUCAUUGGGGCCGGAGGCCUCAGAAAAUAUGGAAAUAAGUAUAACCCAACAGAAAUGCGGGUCUCCUCUUGAUGACCAAACUCCCCCUGUUCACUCUGACCAAGACAUAGAGAGGAAUUCACGUGAUCAGUUCAAUGGACACCAAGACACAUUGAGCCCGACCUUUCUUGUCAAUAAGACAGCGAUAGCACAACAAAACAGAUCAGAUCAGGACAACUUGGGGCCAAAUGUAACUAAGUGUUACAAGCCAGUCAUUGAAGCAGGACACAUGGACGUGUUUUUUACAGAUGUUGACAGAAGUUCUCCCAUCGACGAGAUAGUUGGUGACCCAGUUGACCCCAUGGAUCUGUUCUACCCCGACAAAGAGGAACCCAUGUUUAUAGAGCCAUCUGAUGUGGAAACUGAAAGUCACUCAUCUGUUCUGAGUGUGUCUGCUCUCCUGCCAGCACCAGCUUCUGAGACACUGCCAGAAGCACAACCACUCAUCCAGCUGGGUGAAGAUGUCAUGAAUGGGGUUGAUUUAGCAAUACAUGGACAACAGGACAAGGAAAUCACAGAGACUGACCAGGGUGUUGUUACACCAUCUGAAGUCCAGGAACAUUGCUCUUUGCCUGGGGAGGAGAUGGUAGGAGGCCGGGGCACAGAUAGGCCUGCAGAAGGCAGUGAUGAUGAUGUCACUGAGACUCAGGAACAGAUCCCAGGCUCUGCCAUGGAAAUUGAGCCUAUGAGGAUUGAAACUACACAUUCCAGAAGACAAGAAGACAUCCUAAUCCCUACAGUUCUCCGUCACAGAAAGGUGGCCUGCUCCACCGAGUCCAUGGACAAUCAGACGACUGUGUCCGCCAGCAAAAGUCACGAUGACAGCUCUGAUCUUGGGUGGACGGAGUGCUCAGAGCUUUAUCUGCUUCUGUUGCUGUGGUUACUGCUCUACUGUGUAUGGCUGUUGCCUCAGAUGGACCUUAAGACACUGCCCCGUCUGCUGCUCAGCCUGGACCUCUGAACACACACACAUGCGCGCACACACACACACACACACACACACACACAUACACGUACACAUAUACACGUACACACAGAAACACACACACAAAUACAGACAGUGAGAAAGAAGGAGAGAGAAAUUAGUCAGUUUUAGAGACACACUUACAUGCGCUAUCACUAAAAAACCUAUACAAGCAACUACACACACAUACAGCUUGACUGCCACACCUCUUUCCACUUCAACACUCUUUUUAUCUUUUAAGAACAAGUGAAGGCAUUUAUAGGAUGUAUAUUUCAAAAUAGUCAAGCUUUUUAGGCUUUUGCAUUUUGGCUUUUGAUGUGGCUUAAUGUGAUCUGCCCCUGUUGUAAAGACAUGCUGUUUGUUGCUGUGCAAAGCACACAGAGGCAUCUUGAUGAGACUAGAACUGUACAGAACACACUGGUAUGUAGAUAGAGAUAUAUGGAUACACAGUUGCCUAUUUCAAUUGCCAUUUAGCCAGCUUAGGAUGUUUAAUAAAAAUAGCUUCAGGCUUUUUAAUAAUGAAAACUGGAGCUGAAGCAGGAAUAUGAAAAGAUGAAUAUGAUUGUACCACUUCCUUUGAGCUAUUAACUUUGUGUACUUAAUGAAGGGGAUUUUGGAAUCCAUUGCACUUUUGAAACAAAGUAUGCAAACUGCCAAAGACAUAGUGUUGGAAGUGCUAAUACAGCAAGUACACAACUCACCACAGGCCCAAUAAUGAUGGAAUAUUGUUUUUAACAUAUAAGAAGUCUAGUAAAUCUUGUACUAAUACAUAACCCCAGCUCUGUCUUGUAUAAUAGUUGAGGCAAAAUAAAUAUUUGUAAUAUUUUAUGGGUCAUAAGGUAUAUGAAUGGAUUUUUAAGAUGUUUUAUGAUAAAUUCAAACAAAUGUUUGUAUGUAAUUCAGCUAUGCUUGAGCUUGUCUGAGCCUGUCAAUGAAAAGAGAAUGCUUUACAAUGACUUACCUUAUGUUACUUUUGAACAGUGUCUGUAAUGAAGCACUAUGGGAAAAGUGAUUUUGAUUUCCAUUUAUCUGGUCAUCCCUGUUUACCCUGUUCAGACGUAUCGGCCCAUCCAACAAGCACAAACCCUGCUCCACACUGGCCGACCAGUGGAUGAUUUCACUGUUUACUCCAAAGCUCCUUCAUCUAGAGAGGAGCAAUAAAAGCCAUGCAUACCAAUUCAGUACAGCACAUCCUAAUGAGAUUCCAUCUGUGUGUGUGUGUGUGUGUGUGUGUGCGUGUGAGACCCACUUUUAGCAUUAGACUCAGAGACAUACCUGCCAGUUCUGAUUUCCUCAAGGGACGACAUUAGAUUUCGAGUUAGGAUCCAAGGUCAGGGGAAGGAUCAGGUCCGUUUAGUUAAGCUUUAAGGUUGUAAGUGAAACUUUGGUUCAGGUUAGGACAAAGGGCUAAAGGGCUACUUUUCUGGAAUUUGGCCCAUUCUACCCCAAUAUUUCAGUUUGAGGAUUACGUGGAUUGGCAACAAAAUCAUCUUCGUAGGUGGCUAGUUCUGCCUUGUGCUCAUGUUAACUUUUGAACAUACAGUGUACAAGUUAACUGUGGAUGCCCUAAAGUGAGGAAAUGAGAAUUUGUGGCUGCUUUAAACUAAUUGUACCAGACACAUACACAACAAAAGAACUGGUAAUGGUAGAAAAGUUCCUGUGAGACUUAAUUCAUGACUUGCUUUGUUUCCACAGGAAGUGAUUGAAGUCAGUCAGCUAGUUAUUUUAGGCGCUUGAUUUGUAGUAAAGGUUCAGAGUUAUGUUUUCAGAGGUCAUGAAUCUCCUACGCAUAAUUAAAACAAUGCCAAAUUUGUAUUAUGAAAAAGAUUGAUCUACAUACUUUGAUAAAUCUAGUUGCCUACAAUUAAAUGACAUGUUCCCAAAGCAUUAGCAUGCAGCAUGUACACUAUACGCUAACACUUGAGAGCUAGAGUAGUGCUCGCACUGGAGAGCUACAUGUUGAAGUUAUGCUGCCAUGUUAGAGCUCCAGUACACGCUGGCACUUUUAAACACAAAGCUCUCUUCUGGAGACACUGAGGGGGAUUUUCCACACGUUACCCAGGCACAGUCAUUCCAGGAACCUCUUUUCAAGGAACUGAACAGUGCCCACAGCCUGUUCCUGCCUGUGUUUCUACCAUGAGCCACAGACCUGCAAAGACUAGGCAAAUUCUUCAGUUGAAAUAAAAUUGCAUAUUUAAUUUGCCUAUAUUAUUAUGCAUAUAUUAUUUAACCCAUUUUAGCUACCUUGUUACUGGUUACUGCCACAGGUUAGUGGCACUAACAGUGUUUUUCUCUCGGAGGAGUUCUGCUUUGUCCUGCCUGCGAGACAAAAGCCAUAUACUGUGUGUGUGACUGAUGUGGUAUGAUUGAUAACAUAUUAAUCAUGCAUCAAUGGCAGCACCAUUUGUAACAUCACAUAAGAAAAAAGAAAUUAGGGCAGGAAACCAAAAAUGCAUACAUUUACAUGAGAUUACAAUCACUGAGGAAAACACUUGCAGAUAUCAAGGUACUGUAGGGUACAUCUGUUCUGGGAUUGUGCUCCUCAUUUAACUUUAGGAUUGACUGAGACACAACCAUAGUGAAUCAAUUUGAAAAUAAUGUUUUAUUUCUCUUUUUCACUGGCUGUCUCAUGCACAGCGCUGUCAUGCUGCCUCUCUCUCUCCUUCUCUCUGUCUUUUUUGCCAUUUUGUCAUGAGUCAGGAAGCUGACAGCAAAGUCUAACUGUACUUUUAGUGUUAUCAAUCAAAGAGAAAUGUCCUCCCCUGUCCUAAACCGGUCCUCAAACGAUACCAGAGUACUUGUUUUAUGAAUGAAGCAAUACACAAGUGGAAACAGUAGCCCUUUUGACCAAUCAGUGACAGCCAUCCCUGCAAACCCCACCCUCAAAGUUCCUGGACCAUUGGAAAGCACAAACACCAGAGCAGGGACUUUUUGUGGGGCGAAAACAUGCCUGGAACUGAAUUGUCAAAGUGCAGACAGUUCCUCAAAAGGUUCCUCAUCCCUGGGGAGAGUUCCUGCUAUGGAAAGGGGGCUAGUGAUGAUUUUGGUGCCAAUCCUCUUAAUGGGUAAGGUGAUCAAUAAGCCAAACUGGAAAAAAACAGCAUGCAUUAGAUCUUUCAGGUUAGGCUUAGGGGUUACAGAAAGGUCAAAGGUCCAUCUCCACAAGGUUAGUAGAAAGACAAGUGUGAUUCUCUGUGUGUGUGUGUGUGUGUGUGUGUGUGUAGUCAGUGUGCCCACAGGACACCCAGCCUCCCCCUCCUGAAUCUGACAUUGACUGCCCUAGUGAAGCCUCUUCGCUUUUGUACUGAAACCUCAGUCUGUUCUAAUUGUUUCAACAGCGCCACUCAAGUGCAAUAAAUGACAUGUUGUCA